AUGCAAAUCAACCGCUCUCUCCUGGCGGCGCUCAGCGUCAGCUCUGCCCCGAUGCUGGCAGCUGCAGCGCCCUCCCAACACGUCCACGCCCGCGACGCCAGCACCUACCAGGCCAACGCCGAGACCGCGCUCGACCGACUGCAGACGUGGUACAGCGAGGACUCGGGGCUAUGGACGAGCUACAGCAACGGGUGGUGGCAGUCGGCCAACCAGCUCACGACCGUGAUCGACAUGGCGCAGCUCGGCAGCUCCAAGGCCCAGCAGCUGGCCGAGCACGUGGUGCCCAACACGUUCAGACAGGCCGCCAUCAACAACGAGAACCGCGAGCACACCGGCCGCAACCCGUACAUCAACGACUACUACGACGACAUGGGCUGGUGGGCCAUGGCGUGGAUCCGCGCCUAUGACCUGACGCAGAACACAACCUACCUCACCACCGCCGAGGACCUCUUCAACGACAUGCGGUAUGGCUGGACCACCAAGUGCACGCCCGACGGCGGGCUCUGGUGGGACAAAGAGAACACCUUUAUUGCGCCCAUCUCGAACACCCUCUUCAUCGAAGUCGCCGGCUCCUUGGCGAACCGCGUCGCGUGGAGGAAGGACUACUACACCAUGUGGGCGCGAAACGCGUGGAACUGGCUUAGCACCAGUGUCUUGUACGCCGCGGAUCAGCACCUCCUCAUGGGCAGUAUCAAGGCCAGUACCUGCGUCCAAAACGAACGUCCGGAUAGCUUCACGUACUCGCACGGCGCGCUGGUCGGCGGCCUCAUUGAGCUCUCGAGUGCGACCGGCGAGACGAAAUACACGGACGAGGCGCACCUCGUGGCCGGCGCCGUUCUGGACAGCAUGACUAAGGACGGCGUGCUCUACGAGCAGAAUAUCGACAACGAGCACCCGGGGGAGUCAGCGCCACAGUUCAAAGGUGUCUUCAUGCGGGCUCUCAGCUCGCUGAACGCUCAGAGCCCCAAGACGGAAUACAAAACGCUUGCUCAGAAAAGCGCCGACAGCAUCUGGGAAAACGACAGGGACAGUGAGGGCAACCUGGGGCCCGACUGGAAUGGUCCAUUUUUCGGGUCGGGAAAUGCUAGCCCGCAUAGUUCUGCUAUGGAUGCGAUCGUGUUCGCAUGGAAGGCGUCGCAAUGA